UAAUUUUGACUUAUCCACCGUUUAAGCUAAACGGGCUUGAUACAACCGGCCCCUACAUGUGGAGUCAGAAAUGUGAAGAUCGUGUAAAGAGUUUUACACAACCGGGCCCAGAUUAGAUUCCCAGAAUUAUAAAAUCGGUUUUGUAUAGUCAUGUAUAAAUUAGUUUUCAUGACGUAUUGAAGCACUUUGCUGAACAAAAACACUUAAGCUCAUAAGUCCGUCGGUUUCAGGUUUCUGUUAAUUAAUCUGUUUCACGUGGUUUCACGAUUUUGCCACCUUUUGAUUAAUUGAUUUUUCUCGAGCGUGCUCUUGAGUAAGCGUCUAAGCAAGUGAAAGCCUGCCUGAAACUCUGAAAGUGAACUGAACUGCUUUGGCAAUAUUCUCCAGCGUAGGAUGUCUGAAAGCUCUGAAAGUCAAGCGAGGGGUUGGCUUAUCGCCACGUGUGUUGUGAUUCAAACCGUAUUCGCCGUCUUUGCUGCUUUAUACAUCAAUUAUAUUUGGGAUAAAAAAAAAAGAAAAGAAGACAGAGAGAUGGAAAGACUGGAAUCCGAUAAAAAGAAUAUCGCUGCAGUUCUCUCCCAAUAUUACGACGAGGUAGAAAAAAUUCAUCACGACCUAAAGAGCGAAUUAGAAAAGUUGAAGAAAAUAGUCUUUAUCGAUAAAGACGAAGGUGAAGAUGAAAUCACAGAAUUCGAUGUUCUCCUGUAUAUGUGUCAUCCAGAUAAUAGGAAAAGAUUUCAGCAAACCGCAGAUGCAAGGAAGGCCGCCGGUGAGAGGGGUUUAUCCUCGGUUUUAUCAGACGUUGAUAAAAUAAUAAAGUUUUUCAAUGAACUCGGUCUUAAGUUGUCCACCAAUCUUAAUAAGAAAUGUCCAGAUGAUUUGAACAAAAGGUUUGGUAAAGAAAUUAGAGACAUGGCUGAGUUUAUCCAUCCUUUUGUGACACGUGCUAAUAGUACACUGAAUGUUAUUGAUGUGGCAGAGUAUUUUAAACAACCGGAAAGUGGACAGAAAAGUCAGGCUUCUUCCAAUCCUGCAAUUCAAAACAGACAAUCCCGGGGUCAGAACGAGGUUUCUCUGCUACUUCAAGGGAAUCAACCGGACCCAGACUCCCCUGGGCAAAACGGAACUGCUUCAGGAAAUCAACCGGACUUUGAUCGCAUACGCGAUGCGAUUCCAUAUAUUAAAUCGUUGAGGUAUGAAAAUGGCAAAAUACGAUGCGACAUUGAAUGCGAGUUUUCCAAUCUUAAAGCUCUGGGCAAUUUUUAUGAAGACUUGCAACCUACAAUCACAGGGAGAGAAAAUGAAAUCCUGGAAAAAAUCAAGGAACUUUUUGGUGAAAAUCAGCCGAUAAGUAAUGAUUUACGUCAUGAAAUAAGAAAGAUUAUGUUCAAUCUAUCCCAGUCGCCCAAUCCUGAAUUAUUAAAGCCCGCAUAUCGUGAACUCGAUGAAUAUGUUAAAGAUAUUCUAAAUGCAUCAGAAAAUCUUAAUCUGAAAGUAGAAGAAAUGCGUAGUGAACGUGCAUUGGGAGAUAUACAGAAGAUGUGUAAAGACCACAAAUGGCUACUGAGUGAGCCAGACACUCGUGAAAAGUUGGAAAAAUUUUGCGAGGAUCUGGACACGUUUAUAAAAAAAAAAAUGGCCCAAUCCCGCUCUAACAAUACUGAACCGAAUGACGGUGAGCAAGCUGGAACAUCUUCAAAUUGAUCGGACAAUCUCAUUAUC